AUGGACAAGUACCGAAAGGUGAUGAAGCCCAAGGAGGACAUCCAGAAGACUGACGAGGAGAUCCGCGUGACUGCGGCCGGCAGUGUGUCUGCGUACGUGUCGCGUGCGGCCACCGUUUUCAAUGAGCUCGAGAAGCCCUAUGUGAUUGUUCAGGCCACCGGCAACGCCUUGACCAAAGCAGUGACUGCUGCAGAGGUCAUCAAACGCCGUUUCAAGGGCCUGCACCAAAUCACCGAGCUGAAAACAGUCGAGAUUAUUGACGAGUAUGAGCCUCUGGAGGAAGGCCUGGACAAGGUUACCGAUGCCCGCAACGUUUCCGUGAUUGAGAUCAAGCUUUCCAAGGAGCCCCUGGACACCACUGACAAGGGUUAUCAGCCUCCCCUGGACGAUUCCCUCGUCAAGGAGUUUGAGCCGGAGGACAUGGUUCGAGGCAGAGGGAGAGGCCUCGGCAAAGGUGGUCGCGGCAAGGGCAAGGGCCGCGGACGAGGGAAGGGCAAGGGACGCGGCAAAGGCAAAGGGAAGGGAGAUGACGAGGAGCCCAGGAAGGGCAAGAGCAAGGGGAAAGGAAAGGGCAAAGGAAAAGGAAAGGGCAAGGGACGCGACUACGAUGACUACGACGACUACGGCGCCUCCAAGUCUAAGGGGAAAGGAAAGAGCAAGAGCAAGGGGAAAAGCAAGAGCAGGUACGAUGACUAUGAUGACGAGCCAAAGGGCAAAGGCAAGAAGGGAGGCAAGAGCAAGGGAAAAAGCUCUUGGGAGGACUCGUACUCUGCGCCGUCAAAGUCCAAAGGCAAGGGCAAGGAGAGGAGCGACAAAGGCAAGGGCAAGUCCUACAACAGCUGGGGCUACCAGGAUGACAGCUACGGCAGCAAGCCCAAGGGAACCAGCAAGGGCUGGGGCAAGGGCAGUUCGAAGAGCGACGACUGGGGCAGGUCGAGCAAGGGUGGCAAGAGCCAGGGCAAAGGCAAGAGCAGCAAGGGGGGCUACUACUGA